AUGUCGAAGUCGCAAGUCACUGCUAAAAGAAAACAUUCUACACUUUCAUUAAAAAUAAAAAAUGAUAUUUUAGUUCGUCUAGAGAAAGGUGAAUCUAUAACUAAUUUAUCAAAGGAAUUUAAUGUUGGUAGGGCAACAAUUUAUGACUUAAAAAAAAAUUCCGAUAAAAUAAAAAAGUUUGUGUCAACUACCUACGUGGGUCCUGGUAAACGACAAACACUAAAAUCAUCGGAAAACCCUGUUGUUGUAGAAGAAGCAUUGUAUUCGUGGUUUCUUCAAGAAAGAAGAAGACACACUCCUAUAUCUGGUGAUAUGUUGUCUAUGAAAGCUAAAUUCUUUUACUCAGAAAUCACGGGUAAAACUGAUUUUUCUGCAAGUAAAGGUUGGCUUCAUCGUUUUAAAAGUCGUUACGGAAUUCGGUUAAUGAAAAUAACUGGUGAAAAACUUUCAAAUGAUGAUUCAUGCGUUGAAACUUUUCGGAAGAAUUUUCUGGAAAAAGUGAAAGAUCUGUGUCCUUCUCAAGUUUACAAUGCAGAUGAAUCGGGAUUGUUGUGGCGUGUGUUACCGAAUAAAACUUUUGUAUCUCGACAAGAAACGUCAGUUCCUGGGAGAAAAGUCAGCAAGGAAAGAGUAACAUUUUUGCCUUGCUCAAAUGCCUCUGGACUUCAUCGUUUGAAAAUGGUUGUGAUAGGGAAAUCACAGAAUCCAAGAGCUUUCAAAAACGUUGACAUUCCAGUUAACUAUUAUGGACAAAAAAGCUCAUGGAUGACGAAAGAUUUAUUUAACAACUGGUUUCAUAAAAUGUUUUGUUCCUGA